AUGGGGGUGGAGUUUUCACUGAAAAGUGGUGGACCUUUGUUAGCUCGUUUCAGUGUUCGACCUUUGUUUAUAGAUUGGAUCAGAGAUGGGCAGUGGCAGGAUCCUGAUUUGCAAGAGUUCAAGCAGCGUGUAGAGAAGGGAAAAAUGCCUGAGUUCAGUGUUCGAGAUGAUGGUAUGAUUUUGUUUGGAAAGAGAAUGUGUUUGCCAAAUGAUAUGGUUUUAAAGAAGGAAAUUUUAGAUGAAGCUCAUUGUUCUGCAUAUGCUAUGCACCCUGGAAGCACUAAGUUGUAUCGUGAUUUGAGAGAAUAUUUCUGGUGGAGUGGUAUGAAAAGGGAAAUUGCGGAGUAUGUGGCUGGCUGUUCGCCGCAUUCAAAAGGAGGGUACGAUUCCAUUUGGGUUAUCGUUGAUCGAUUAACAAAGUCAGCUCACUUUUUGCCGGUAAAGACUACGUAUACCACGGAUAAAUAUGCUAAAUUAUAUGUUGACGAGAUUGUCAGAUUGCAUGGGGUACCUAUGUCUAUUGUUAGUGACAAGGAUCCUGAAUUUACUUCUAGAUUUUGGUUUAGUUUGCAGCGUGCUAUGGGGACUUCUUUGAAAUUUAAUUCUAGAGGAUAUGCUGAGAGCGAGUAUUCUGGAUUUUGGUGGCGGUUGGGAAGAGAACUUGUUGUUGACGGAAUUCGCUUAUAA